AUGGGUAUUGGAGCUGAGGCUGUACUAGUUUGUGUAUGGAGAUUUGUUAAGUUUUCCAUGAAAACUAGUAGCCUAUGUGUACAGAAGCAUCCGUUUAUUUCGGCCACUUUGUUCUUCUGCUACCUCUUUUAUGUAUUUUUCAAUCUUUUUGUCUUCUGGUUUCCGUUUCUUGUCUGCAUUGCUGUUCUUGUUAGAUUGUUUUACUCUUCCGGAGGACUCACAUUCGUAGAAGAGGUCAAACGGGAUGAGAAACCGAGUAGUAAUGAUCGAGUGCCGUGUGUAAAACCCGAUCAACCUGUUGGAGGUGGUGAUGUUGUCAACCGAGAUGGGAGCUCCUUCACUAGACAGAAAAGCAGACGAACAAAUGUUUCGAGAAGGUGCAUAGAAGCCGGUGCCCAAGAUUAUUAUAAUGUGGGGAAACACAUUUCUAUUUCGAAAACUUUGAAUGGUGGUUUGAUUGGUGGAACUGCAUUGAUUGACAGAAGCAAGAAAGCAGUCGUGGAGGAGAAAGCUAAAUGUGGUUUUGAUCAGGGAGAGAGUUCCGCGGCGAAAGCAUCAGCGGAAGAAAGUAUUCAGGCUCUCGUUGAGCAGCACCAUUCGGUCCUAGAUUCCGACAUUUCAGAAUCUCAGUUGUUGUCGUCUGACGACUCUGAUGAACAACCGGGCAAAUUAGAAGGCGACGGGACUAAUAGAGGAGAGGCACAAGAGAGUGGAAACAAGGCGGUGCAGUGGACAGACGAUGAUCAGAGAAAUCUCAUGGAUCUCGGGCUUUCGGAGAUAGAAAGGAACAAAAGGCUGGAAAGUUUGAUUGCCAGAAGAAAAGCAAGAAAGUUGUUCAAAAUGCAGGUUGAGAAAGGUCUAAUUGACUUGGAUACUAUCAUACCAGGUCAGAUUGCUCCGAUAUUAAUAUCGAAAAACAACCCCGUCGAUUACACAAAAUUAGUUUCUAGUGAUUUGGACACACCUGGUUCAGCCCCUUCCAUUUUGUUACCAAUGCAAAAUCCAUUUGAUCUUCCGUACGAUCCGCAUGAAGAGAAGCCGAACCUUAUGGCGGAUAGUUUCCAACAAGAAUUCACGGCGGUUCACCAGAAGGAAAUGCUUUUUUGCCGGCACGAGAGCUUCUCUUUGGGAGCUGCUUCUUAUCCAUUGGAACCCAAGAGAAAAUCACUGGAUGGAUUGGGGUGCUCCAGAUUUAAAAAACAAUUAGAGAUAGGACCUCAUGAUAGGCAUAUCGAAAGAAUGUUGUCGGGUAAGCAUGACGAAGUUAUCGAAGCUCUGUUGUCAAAAGCACGCGAGAACAUGUCCGACAUUGGCAACGGUGCUGAUACUGCUGAAAGCAGAACUGAAUCCCCUCUUCCGGCAACAAGCUCAGUGGAACCGAAAGAUGAAGGAAACAGAGAAACUCAGAGGGUGAUCGAUACAACAGCAACGAACAAGAAGGAAAAUAAAAGUGUAGAGAUGCAGCCACACGUAACUGAUGACAGCAACGACGAGUCAAGCUCAACUUCAUAUUCCGAAGACGAUGAACAGAGUUUUCAUUUUGCUAGACCUGGACCCUCUCAAAAUGCAGGAUCAAAAUUGAGGCGUAUUCCACCAAAACCCCUAGAUUGUUCGAUUCCGAAGAGCAAAUCUGCAAAGGAGCCGUUGCAUGAUUCUAGCCCGUCUGCGCACGAAAGAAGCAGGUUGGAAGAACGCUUGUUUUAUUCUGAAAGGGGUACUUGUCAUACUCCUACAUACUCUAUAGCUUCUGACCUACAGGUGGAGGUUUCGGAGGUUGGUUCACCUCCGCUGACAGACGGGGCCAAUUCACCCACGGAUAGAGAAUCCGUGACAUUGGAUGGCGACUUUGAAAAAGAGUACAUGUGGGCAGCGUCGUCUCAAUCAUCAAAAACAGAAGAAAGUGAAUCAAAACCAAGGGACGUGCGAGGACUCAGCGAGAAAGACCUUGCAAGCAUCAGAUUUUCGGGAAACAAUAAGAACAGCAAGGAUGCUGCUGAAUCAUCAUCCAUGCAACCAGAUGAACUGGAUGAUGUGUGCUCGUUGUCAUCUUCGAUAACGGAAAUAUAUGGAGACGGGCAAGCCCAUUCGUUGAGUUAUAAUGGAAAGAGUUACGAUGAUGUCAGGCAAGCAGUCGAAAAAGUUGGAAAGCUAAAUGCUUCUAGCUCAUGCAAUGUACUUUCACUCGAAAAUCAAGACGAAACAAUGAAAUCGAAUGAACAGCGGGUGGCUCAUCCUUCUGCAAAACUAGAGGAAUUGAAUCCUCCUGAUGAGACGACAAAGAAGGUGAACACACCAGCAACCAAUGAGACUGAUAGUUUGAAAGAUGAGAAGAUGAAUGCAGGCAGAGAUGGUGGAGACCAGAUAUUGGUUAAGCAAGACAUUGUGGGAGAGCCGUCAAAGGCAAAGGAGGGGACUAUUUCAGUAUCUAGCAGGCAUUUGGAGGGAAAUUCUGCGAAUACUGCCGAACGUGAAGCUUCCUUGUACACUAAGCAUCCUACCAAGGACAAUAAGAAUUCAAAUCGUAUUGAGGGAGAUCUUCAACAGGAAACUGAAAAUGAUGACACAAAAGAACUUGAUGUGAAAAUAAACUCGAACCCAACUCAAGGCAGAAAGGAUGAGCAAGGUACCGUAGAACGUGGAGUUUCUGGUGAUCCUAUUGCAUCAGCUAUGCAGAAAGAUCUGGUGAUUGAAGAUGUUGCCGUUGCAUCCACUUCUUCUUCCUCAUCAUUAUCAUCUCCGACAUCUGUGUUACUGGAAGAUAUCUCAAGGGAUCAAGCGUCCUCGUCAAAUUACAAUCCUGAAAGACUAAUGGGUGCCCCGGAAUCUGAGGUGGGAGGCAACGUGAAAAGUGAUUCAUCCACAGUGAAGCCACAUGACAGCAUAUUGUUGACGCCUCAAACUGCAAUGCAACCUGGUCAGGAAUCAACUAGUGACCGAUCAAAUACAAGUGAUUCAAAGAAGUUGCAGAAACAAUGUAUGCCUCCAGAGAAGUCCACCGAGGAAGCCAACAUCAUACUGACUGAGCAAGCUGAAGAAAUUGGAGAUUUAUCACAAAAAGUGAGAGAAGCAACUUCGGAAUUGAAAAAACAAGCUGAGGAAAUUGGAAAAGUAUCGGAAAAAGCAAAAGAAGCUGCUGCAGAACUUAAAAAACCAGCUGAAGAAACAGGAAUUUUGUCACAAAAGGCAACGGAGGAGGCUACUUUAGACUUGAAAAAAUCAGACGAAAAAAUUGGGAGCGCGUCACAAAAAGCGAGAGAGGUUGUUGCUGAGAUGAAAAAGCCUACUGAAGAAAUUGUAAAUGUGUCACAAAAGGCAACAGAAGCUGCUGCAGAAUUGAUAAAACCAGCUGAAGCAAUCAAAGAUAUUUCGGAAAAAGCUACAAAGGUUGAUGCAGAUUUGAAGCAACCAGUUGAAGUAACAUCCAAUGUAUCACAAAAAGCAACAAAAGCUGCUACACAGUCGAAAAUACCUGUUGAGGAAGUUGAAGAUGUAUCGGCAAAACCAAUAAAGGUUGAUGCAGACAUAAACAAACCUGUUGAACAAAUAGGAAAUAUAUCACAAAAAACAACAGAAGCUGCUUUAGAAUUGAAAAAACUGAGUGAUGAAAUUGGAAGUGUAUCAACAAAAGAAGCCAGGGCUACCGCAGAGGUGAAAAAACCGGCUCAAGAAAUUGGAAGUGUGUCACAAAAAGCAACAGAGGUUCCGGUGCAACUGAAAAUACCACCUGAAGAAGUUGGAAGUAUAUCUCAGAAAGCAAGUGAUGCUCCUGCAAAAUUAAAACAUUCAACCGAUGAAAUUAUAAGUGUCUCACAAAAAGCAAGCGAGGUUCCUUCAGAACUGAAAAAACCGGCUGAAGAAAUUGGAAGUGUAUCGCAAAAAUCAUCACAGACCACCAAAGAAUCAAAAGAACUAGCUGAAAAAAUUGAAAACGUGCGAGGAAAAAAAAUAGAGGCAGUAGCAGAGUUGAAAAAACCAGCAGAGGAAAUUGGAAACGUUUCAAUGGGAGCAACUGCAGAAUUGGAAAAGCCGGUUGAAAAAGUUAGGAGUGAAUCACAAAGAGCAACUGAGGGUACUGCAGAACUGAAAAUUUUUGGGGAAGAAGUUGGAAGUGCAUCACAAAAAGAGACAAAGGAUCGUGCAAUAUCGAACAAAUCAUCUGAAGAAAUUCAAAGUGGAUCACAGAAAAUGACAGAGGCUCUAGAAAAAAUAAAAAAUCCAAUUGAAGAAAUAGGUAAUGUGUUACAACAAGCAACAAUGACUGGCCUAGAGUUGAUACUACCAACUAAAGAAACUGGAAAUCCACCACAAAAAACAUCAAUGGUUGCUGCAGAAUCAAAAAAAUCAGCCGAAAAUGUUGAAAAUAUGUUGGGGAAAACAACAGAGGAUAGUACAGAGUUGAAAAAACCACCUGAAGAAGUUCGAAGUGUUUCUCAAACAGAAACAGACGCAUCCACAAAAAUGAAAGAAACAGCCGAAGAAACUGGAAGUGUACCAUUGAAAGCAACUGAGGCUGCUGCAGAAAUGAAAAAACCUGCUGAAGAAACUGGGAGUGUAUCAACAAAAGCAACUAAGGUCCCAGUAGAAUUAAAAAGGCAAACUGAAGAAAUUGCAGGUGCGUCACAAAAAGCAGCAGAGAUUCCAGGAGAAUUGAAAAGGCCGGCUGAAGAAAUAAGAAUUGGAUCAGAAAAAUCAAUAGAGUCUGCAGCAGAAUUGAAAAAACCAGCUAAAGAAAAUGAAGCAGUGCCACAAAAAGUAGUAGAGAUUCCGAGACAACUGAAAAGGCCAGCUGAAGAAAAAGGAAUUGGCUCAGAAAAAUCAAUGGAGUCUGCAGCAGAAUUGAAAAAAUCAACUAAAGAAAGCGAAGCAACCUCACAAAAAGCAGUAGAGAUUCUGAGAGAACUGAAAAGGCCAACUGAAGAAAAAGAAAUUGGAUCACAAAAAUCAAUAGAGUCUGCAGCAGAAUUGAAAAAACCAGCUAAAGAAAGCGAAGCAGCGUCACAAAAAACAGCAGAGAUUUCGAGAGAACUGAAAAGGCCAGCUGAAGAAAUAGGAAUGGGAUCGGAAAAAUCAAUUGAGUCUGCAACAGAAUUGAAAAAACCAGCUAAAGAAACCAAAGAUGCAUCACAAAAAACAUCAGAUCCUGCUACAAAUUUAAACAAACAGGAUAAAGGGAGUGAAGACACAUCACAAAAAGCAUCGGAGCCUGGUGCAGUUUUAAAAAAAACAACUGAAGAAAGUGGAAAUGUUUCGCAGAAAGCAACUGGGGUUUCUUCAGGUGGAAAAACUGAUAAUGUAGCACAUAACACUACUGAUGGAGCUAUUGAGGUGAAAAAGCCGAUUGAAGAAAAUGUAAAUGUGUCAACAAAAGCAACGGAGGUUGCUCCCGAAUUGAAAAAACCAACUACUGAGGCUACUGCAGAAUUGAAAAAACAAGUUGAAGAGAUUAAAACUUGACAGAGACUCUAGUGAAGAUACGGGAAAUGUAUCACGAACAGCUAGCAAGGUAAGCAAAGUAUACAUUCCACAAAAAGUGUGUUUUUUCUUCUUGGUGAAUAAGCAAACACUUUACAGACCUCGUUGUUCUACAAACCUCAUAUAUAAGAAAACAUUUUAUAUAAAUCACGUACUCACAACAUUAAUUUUGUUCUCUCUUUAGAAGCUGGAAGAGCGGAAUCUUAUUUACAUUGAGUUUUUAAGACUAACGAACGCAAAACUUGUUAAAUUGAACAGGUACUAGAAGAUUCUCCAAGAAAGACUCUUGAAGAAGUCACUUAUGAAGUUGGUGAUCGAGCAGUCGGUGACAAGGAAUUCCAGAAUAAGUUAGAAGACGUUAGUCUGUAGAAGGAGGUGCAGGUGGACUUCUAAGCCAGCUGAUGCCAGAGGCAAAUUAGAAGCCAUCCAAGAUGUAGAUUGUGAGUCUAAAACUUCUAAAAUAUGAACAGGCUAUUGAUCCAUCAAGCCGAAACAGUAAGAAGUAGUAUAAUGAUCUGCGUAACCUCUGUAGAAUAAUAGGUAAUAUGGUGUUCAAUAACAAUUUACCAGAUUCAUUUGGCUCUCCAGAGGAUUAGAGUAAGAAACCUUUGUGUGUUUUUAAUAUUUGUAACAAAUCAAAAUUCUUUUGUAUUUCCCUUUUUUUGGGAAUUAAAUGUGGAUAUAUCUACUUUGUUGGACUCGGAUAAGUUUAUACCUUAUAUUUUCUAUAAAGUACUAUAACUGAAGGAAUUCAACUCAGUUGAAUAAGAUCAUGAACAGAUUCAGGUAUGCAACUCUGAAGUAUUCUAGUAAAUUUGAUGCGGUUCAUGGAAACAGUGUGUAUGGUGCCACCAUAUUCCCUCACAAUAUUGGUCUUGGGCAUCCAGGUUAGCUUCCUUCUUUUGGUUUUUAAGUUCAAAGAUGUGAAUGAUCCCCUUUUUCACUUGUUUUUGUUGAUGCCUUGUUUGGUUACUAAGAAAAUGUUGGAAAAGAAUUGAAAUUUUAAGUUUACAGUCCCUACUGAUGACUCAAAAGGAUACAGUUAUGUUACUUACUGGUAACUGAAUCACAAUGGAUCAAGGAUUUCAUCUUUUUCUGGAACAGUAAUUUAGUCUUAUACGUUUAUAAUCCUUACAUAACAGUUUAAAAGAUCUUGGGUCUCUCCACCCGCCAAUUGGUUUUGCGUUGGAUGCUCAUAUGGGAUUAGAUCAGGCUAAUUACAUGUUAGGUGUUUGGAUGGAGUGACGCUACACAUGAGGGGGAGUGUUGAGACUACGAAUUCCACAUCGGAGAAUUACUUGCCAAUUGGUUUUGAGUGGGAUGCUCACAUUCUAAUAGCUUGCAGAGUGUAACUACCAUAUUGGUUGAUUCGUGUUGGCAUUGAGUUAAACAGAAUGAUAUAAAGAAAGGAAAAAAAGGAAAAAAGAAGAAAAAGGUGGAGUUAAAUUACUAAUUUAUAGAUACGAGUUCUGUUUCAGUCCUGCAUUUCCCUUAACAUUUUGUGAACUGUGUGACAGAGAUGCUGAUUUGGCUGAAAGGAUUGGUGCUGCAACCGCUCUUGAAGUCAGGGCUAGUGGCAUUCAAUAUACUUUUUUUCCUUGUGUUCCUGUGUGCAGAGAUCCCAGAUGGGGAAGAUGCUAUGAGAGUUUCAGGGAAGACACUGAAAUUGUUAGAAAGAUGACGACCGUUGUUACAGGCUUGCAGGGGCAGCCACGCAAAGGACGUCCAAAGGGAUACCCUUUUGUUAUGGGAAGGGUUUUGUUAUUUCUGACUGGGAAUCACUUGACUGACUUUGCACACCUCGAGGUUCAGACUAUCGUUUCUCUAUUUCAUCUGCCGUUGAUGCAGGAGUUGACAUGGUGAUGGUGCCUUUCAGAUAUGAACAGUUUGUGGACGAUUUGGUAUGUCUGGUGGAACAUGGGGAGAUACCAAUGUCCAGGAUAGAUGAUGCUGUUGAAAGAAUACUGAGAGUGAAGUUUGUUGCGGAUCUUUUUGACCAUCCGUUGUCCGUUAGAUCCUGCUAGACAUGGUUGCAAGGGAAGUUCGUAGAGCCACCAUGUUUCGUAUUUUUUUUUCUUAAUUGAAUGUCUGAAUUCAUCCUCUUCUUUUCUUAUGUUACCUUAUACCGUGCUGCUGGCUCCUUGUCAUUAUAGUCGGCUGGCACGAAGGGUGGACUAUGGGAUGUUUUCUUAGAGCGGAUACAAAUCAUACGGUCAGAAUCAGAUCAAUGUACAGUGUCAGUUUGCAAUUCAGUUUCAUUACAAUAAAGAGGGAGAAGAACAAGGUUUCCAGUCACAUAUAUCCCGACUGCAGCUUUGUAUCCCAACUGAUAUUAUUGACAAUGGUAUGUCUUAGGGCUGGUUUGGUAUUACUGUACUUUGGAA